AAUGGUAACUUUUUAACAAUCUCAAAAUGCGUUGUCAAAUAACACAACCUAAUUCCGUAGUUUUAGAAGUGGAUGUGGACCCUAAAUCGAAUGGACAAGAAGUACUCGAAAAGGUUUGCCAGCAACUGGGUAUUGUGGAGCAAGACUACUUCGGACUCCAGUUUCAUGGUGCUAAAGGAGAGCUGUUAUGGCUAAACGGCAGAAAUCCCAUUUGUAAACAAGUGACUGGACCGGUCCCAUACAGGUUCCAGCUGCGUGUCAAGUUUUAUGUCCAGCCUCACCUUCUUCUCCAGGAAGAAUGCAGGCACCUGUUCUACCAACAAGUAAUACAGGAAUUGAGGUGUGGAAAGCUCCAGAUAACAGACGAGGCCCAAUUGGUGCGAAUUGUUUCCCUUUGUGCCCAGAUAGAGUUGGGAGACCAGACAGACAAUCCCAUGUUACUGCAGUUGUAUGAGAAAAUUCUUGAGGGCUUGACCCCUGACCUUUCUAGUGACCUGGUCAGGGAAGUUGCUAUAGGUCAUGAGAGUUUAAUGAGGGUAACUAAGGCGCAGGCAGAGUAUCGCAUGCUACAAGAAGUUUCUAUGAUCCAAAACUACGGUACAGAAUAUCACGAGGCAAAGAAUAUGUCUGGCAACACUGUUAGUGUAGGAGUUGGACCAGAAGGCAUUUUCUUGUAUGACCUCAAUAACGAGUUUUUCGAAAAGUUGGAGUACUCCAUGGUGAUGAAAGCUAUCCAUGAUAGAAAUAAGGUUAUACUGGAAGCGUAUAAUGAUGAAGGAGAGACCAAUAAGUAUGAGUUUAAGCUGGUCAGUAGCCGAGCUGCCAAUGCCUUGUAUCGCUGUAUUACAGAAAUGCAUUCCUUUUUCCGCUGUGAUACAGUUCAUGAUGAAGUCAGUCUUCAAGUGAGCCAUGACCUCAAGGGGAUGCUUGCCUCCAUCUUCAGUGAUAAUACUGCUAGUGGCCAAAAUUAUGUAUUUGAUGUGAAACAAACAUGUAAAGAAGUGUAUGAUAGCACUCGAAGAAAACUCCUCAAACAGCAACAGGUUCCUAUGACACCAUCAGUUAGCCAGGAGGAUAUUUCACAGGACGAUAAGGAGAACAGCGAACAACAUCAAGUCCAGAUGCUGAAAGAGAAGUUGGAGACAAUAAAAGACUCAUUUGUGUGUAAAGUGUGUAUGGACAAUGGGAUCUCAACAGUGUUGUGUCCUUGUGGUCACAUGGUGUGUUGUAAUGACUGUGCUGCUCAGCUGGCUGAGUGUCCACUGUGUCGGACUUCUAUACAGACAGUACAAAAUGUGUUCCUGCCAACAGCCUUCUCUGUUAAAACUUAACAAUUAUGCCGGGGGGUUGGGGGGUAGGGUAGGGAGCAGGAAAGGAGAUAUGCUCAUCAACAUACUAUUCAUUAAUGAAGAAAAAUAUUUUUUGUGUGAGAUUGUGACAAAGGCAGUCAUCCUGGCUGUUGGAUGUGAAACUAUUGUGACGGUUGUAUCAUGUCAGACUGACAGGAAAAACAAGACAUUUAUCGGGAUUGUGCAUUUGACUUCACACAGAAACACCAUAAAUCAUCAACAUUGUUUGCCACAUUUUUUCAUUCUCAUGCUUCAUAACCAUAGUGUUAAUAUUGGUCAUCAUUUAGUUUUGUUAACAAGGAUUGAAAAACUUUACGAAAAAUAAUCAAACUUCAAUAAUAUUUUUACAUGUAUAUGAAAUCUUACUCACCAGUAUGAUAGCAAUAAUUAUACAUGAAUUGUCCACAGAUACUUAACACAUUUCAAGUAUGUCUCAUUUGAUUCACAGGAAUACAUGUAAAUACAAAAAUGUAUGUAAAUAUUCUCACAUUCAUAUGUACAUAUGAUAUUUUUAGAUGUCAUUGAGAAAUUUUGUUACAGGUUAAUGUUGCUUUCAUGAAGAAUUUUUCCUUUGUCUGAAUUUGUCCUCCAACAAAGCAAUUUAAACAUAUCAUCCUUACCAUCAACCUGAAAAUUUUGCUAAUAUUGGGAUAGGAAGAAUUUGAUUUAUUUUUUGAUUAAAUUGAUCAGCACCUGAUCAUUAUUCUGUGUUGUCACUACAGUAUCCCCGUUUAGGACUCAACAUAUUGGUGCUGACUUUUAAAUUGACCCAUUGCCCCAACACCACAUAGAAAGACUUGCCCGGUACUUUCAUACAGCAUUUAUCAGACUGUUUAAGUCUGUCAGGCUUUAAUAGUACAGAAUGUUAGGUACGAUAGAUACAACUCUGUGAAAGACUUUCGUCAUAAAUGUUAAAAAAUUAUUUUUGUCGGAGGUUGUCAGAGUUUAUAGUAGUAUAGUUGGGUAUAGUUCCAGUAUUAAUAUUACAGAAAACUGCAGCUUUCUGAUACUUACAAAGCCUACCUCUCUCUCUAAUAAUUAAAACAUUCCCAGAUAUUUUUGAUUUGCAACAGAUUACUCCUGUUUCAAACUGUUUAUAACAAAAAUUCUGAAUGGCAAUUGUUGAAAAUCUUGUUCUUUUGUAAAACACCUGUGAUAUUCAUUUACAAAAUAUACUUCCUUGGUAUGAUGUAAUAAUUUAGUUAUUUUCUCUGUCUAUUUUUCUUUUUUCAAAUUUUGUUCAAAGAAGUGGAAUGAUAUAUUGGAUUAAUUCUACACAGCAAUGUCCAGAGUCAAUCAUCAUUAGAAUGGCAGUACAUUCAUAUAAUGACUAAAGUUACUUUCCAAGCCUCGCCUAUAAAACUUGUGUAAAGUUCUCGGGUAGAAAUAGACACACAUAUUUAGUCUGAUUUUUUCAUCAGUGUAAUAUGUUUUGUGUAAAUUGUUUAUUUUAGAAUGCUGUUAUCCAUAUUCAUAAAAUUUGAAGAAAUCAGAAUUUUGUGCCUUUAACGAAAAUAAUGCAAUAUUUCAUUUUUUUUAAGCAGAGACAAACAAUGAA